AUGCUGAAAGACGCANGCUUUGAGGAUGUGAUCGCNGAGGACCGUACUGAUCAGGAGGAUUACAAUGACAUUGUUGGAGGAUGGAAAUCAAAGCUUGAAAGGAGUACAUCUGGUGAACAAAAAUGGGGUUUAUUCAUCACCAACAAGAAGUAG